UACCUGUGUACCUGUGUUCAGAGCUGUGAUGUACCUGUGUACCUGUGUUCAGAGCUGUGAUGUACCUGUGUUCAGAGCUGGGAUGUACCUAUAGCAGAGCUGGGAUGGACCUAUAGCAGAGCUGGGAUGUACCUAUAGCAGAGCUGGGAUGGACCUAUAGCAGAGCUGGGAUGGACCUAUAGCAGAGCUGGGAUGGACCUAUAGCAGAGCUGGGAUGGACCUAUAGCAGAGCUGGGAUGGACCUAUAGCAGAGCUGGGAUGGACCUAUAGCAGAGCUGGGAUGGACCUAUAGCAGAGCUGGGAUGGACCUAUAGCAGAGCUGGGAUGUACCUAUAGAAGAGCUGGGAUGGACCUAUAGCAGAGCUGGGAUGGACCUAUAGCAGAGCUGGGAUGGACCUAUAGCAGAGCUGGGAUGUACCUAUAGCAGAGCUGUGAUGGACCUAUAGCAGAGCUGGGAUGGACCUAUAGCAGAGCAUGUAUAAUGUAAUGGUGUGUUCCUGUUCUUCUCCUCAGGGGGCUAAACUGCCCAUGUCCAUCAUCAUCGUUGGAGUGGGACAGGCUGAGUUUGACGCCAUGGUGGAGUUGGAUGGUGAUGACAUCAGAAUCUCUUCCAGAGGGAAGCUGGCAGAGAGAGACAUUGUCCAGUUUGUCCCAUUCAGAGACUACAUGGAUCGUACAGGGAACCAUGUCCUCAGUAUGGCCCGGCUAGCCAAGGAUGUCCUGGCUGAGAUCCCUGAUCAGUUCAUCUCUUAUAUGAAGAGUCGGGGCAUCAAACCCAACCCUGCACCGCCCCCCUACACACCCUCUGGACACACACCACACACAGAUCUGACCACCUCACACACACACCUUUACACUGAGUACUGAUGAGAGAGACACCAUCAAAGAUUUGCAACCCCUUGGAAUCACGAGAGGGGAACUCUCUGUCUACUUCCUGAUUGGAACAUCGAGACAGGAAGUGAUGUAAGAGGAAGCUAUUAAAGCUACAGGUGUUUGUGUCAGAACUCUCCCGGACAGGUAACUCUCUGGACUGGGGAAGACAACAGUGUUUCUGUUCAUUGUGGUUCUAUCUAUUCUGUUUGUCUCUCUGGAGGAAAAGAGAGACCACCAUGGAGAGAUUAUAUGUUGCUGUGCCAUACAAGGACUAUGGUGAUCGAUGACUUGUCUUUUUAUCAACAUACAUGGGCCUGUGACUGUUUUCUCUUGUAUUGUUAAAGAGCAGGUGUGAUCGAGGGGUCAUGUUGUGGUUGAAACUUGUGCCUGUCUGUAGAGGGGUCAUCUAACCGACCAAGUGGAACCCUCGUGUGAACACUGACAUCUCACCUUCCACCUUUGAUCUUGCAUGUGAUUGGUGUAUUGGAGCGAGUGUGUUAAGGUGGUGAUGUUUUUAGAAACCUUUCCAUCAGUUUACUAGUUUGUUUUGGCCCUCAGACAUGUCCACAUAUUGAUUUGUAGCUUCAUCAUUCUAGUAUGUUUUGGGCCUCAGACAUACAUGUUGAUUUGUAGCUUCAUCAUUCUAGUUUGUUUUGGGCCUCAGAAAUGUCCACAUAUUGAUUUGUAGCUUCAUCAUUCUAAUUUCUUUUGGGCCUCAGACAUGUCCACAUAUUGAUUUGUAGCUUCAUCAUUCUAGUAUGUUUUGGGCCUCAGACAUGUCCACAUAUUGAUUUGUAGCUUCAUCAUUCUAGUAUGUUUUGGGCCUCAGACAUGUCCACAUAUUGAUUUGUAGCUUCAUCAUUCUAGUAUGUUUUGGGCCUCAGACAUGUCCACAUAUUGAUUUGUAGCUUCAUCAUUCAAGGUGAAAAAAAGACAAGUAUUUGAAAUGUUUCGUUUCAUUGCUUCACUAAGUUUUUCGUCCCAUAAGUUAUUGAUUCUUCUCCUGCUUUACAUUUCAAAGCAUGUUUGUGUAGGAUGACAUUUGCCUGUAUGCCUGUAUUUAUACUGUAUCAAAGUGGCAUGGAUAUAUAAGGAUAUAUAAUAAAUUUGUAUUUGUUUAGUUAUUUUAUCAUUUCUAGGUACCUUCCCAGUUUAGAUUUCUCUACAACACACAGUUAGUUAGAUAGUUAGCAAUACGAUUAAGCACAAGGGCGAGAUGCAUCAACCACCACAGCAAUUGGUAGAACCUGUCUGUGACGUCAUCGUAACUGUGACAUACAUAGCCACACCUGUAACAUACAUCAUCAUAAGUAUUGGUUUUGAUAGUUGACCAGGUCAUAUUUGGGAUCAGUCAAAGAUAUUUAAAAUAUACAAAUUAUUACGCAAUUCAAAAGCACAACAACAAAAAAAUCUAAUACUCUUUCAACUAUUCAAUUUUUUUUCUCUUUCUUUUCAUCUCUCUCUUUCCAUAGAGAAUGGAUUUUUGUUUAUUGAUAUUAAACCUCUCCGGAUAAAGACAGUAAAUGUCUCCACUUGAAGAAUAUUUUAUUCUAUGAAUGAAUAUUUUAUUCUAUGAAUCCUUUUCAUGAUCAACAAUAACUCGCCCACCAGUCCUUUAUCUCUCUCUCUCUCUCUCUCGCUCUCGCUCUCUCUCCAUCUCUAUCUAUCUAUCUAUCUAUCUAUCUAUCUAUCUAUCUAUCUAUCUAUCUAUCUAUCUAUCUAUCUAUCUAUCUAUCUAUCUAUCUAUCUAUCUAUCUAUCUAUCUAUCUAUCUAUCUAUCUAUCUAUCUAUCUAUCUAUCUAUCUAUCUAUCUAUCUAUCUAUCUAUCUAUCUCUCUCUCUCUCUCUCUCUCUCCCUCUCAUCUCUAUCUUUCUCUCUCUCUCUCUCUCUCUCUCUCUCUCUCUCUCUCUCUCUCUCUCUCUCUCUCCCCCUCUCUCUCCAUCUAUCUCUCUCUAUCUCUCUAUCUCUCUCUCGCUCUCUCUCUCUCUCCCUCUCAUCUCUCUCUCUCUCUCUCUCUCUCUCUCUCUCUCUCUCUCUCUCUCUCUCUCCCUCUCUAUUUCUCUCUCUCUCUCUCCCCUCUCUCUCUCUCUCUCUUUCACUCACUCACUCACUCACUCACUCACUCACUCACUCACUCACUCACUCACUCACUCACUCCCUCCCUGUCCUCUCCUCCAUUUGUCUCUGACUGUGUCCAUUAGCUCUGGCCAUCAGAGUGAGGAAGUUAUAAGUAUAGACAUAGUCUGGUCACCUGCAGUGCAGCAUACAAAGUCAGAGUGAUCUCCUCAGCUAGAUCAAUACUCUGUAGGCCUUAAUCAUACUGUAGACCGCAGUCCAACCAAGCCUGAUAAAGAACUAGGGCUGCAUAAUUACGGUAACUAUAUACCAAAAAUGUAGAGGUUUUCCAGAAAUCCCUGGUGGAAGAUUUUCUGGAAUCAGAAGGGGUAAUUUUGGGUAAUUUUGGGAAAGUUCAUUUUGCCAUCCGUUAUACAACUCUCUCCUCUUACGAGUUGGAGUGAUUUAGAGUUAAGAGUCAGAGUGAUUUAGACCUAAAGUAUUAAUAAUUAGUACUUUACAACAAUACAUAUUCCUCCCCAUCAACUUUAAGGAAAGUACUUAAUUCUAUUCCUUAAAGGUGUACUGGUACCUCCAGAGUAUGUGUUUCAUUAUUUUUGGGGGGGAGAUGAUGAUGAUCGUAUUGAUAUAUCAUAUGGUAAUAUCCUUGUUUGUUUUGUUCUGGAAUGUGUGUGAUGAUAAGCCAUUUAAUCUGCAGAGUACAUUAACAACAAAAGUGAAUAGAAUUGCACAUUGACUUGAAUAGGCAGGUUCAUUCUAGUAGUUCUAUUUCUAUAUAGAAAGACAACAUCUCUCCUCAAAUCCUGAUCUGUAGGGUUGCCAGAUUGUGUACUGCACAUCCCAUCCACUCACCUGGGGCACAAAGGCAAGACAGUGUUUUAUAUGUCAUAGCAGACAUCUGUAACAUAGACACCAUCUUAUCCAGAUCAUGUGCAUGGCAGUGGCAAGUAAUGGCAGCAAGUUCAGUGGACUGUUUGCUUUCUCUUCUGUUUGGUCUCUCGUGCCUGGCCAUUUCUGUUGUUAGGGUUCUCUAGUUAGGAGAUAUCACCCAUGGGGAAACUGUCGCCGACCAGCAUGUUGCACAGUCCAUUGUUUAAUACUGUUUAAAAUAUGUGUUUUUUUAUAUACACCUCUUUCCAUGUUUGUUGUUUAACUCUCUGUGUUUCUAAAUUGCAUGGUUCCCCUUUUUUCCUUUGAAGCGGUUUAAAUUGUACAUGAUCGUUGUCAUACGGUGUGUUGUGAAAGGCUUUCAUUGGAUUGCCAUAAAUUAAAAUGAAUUC